ACACGCACACACACACACACACACAAAAAAAAAAAAAAAAAAAAAAAAGGCAACAAUCUGAGGAGGAAAGUUAAUUUACAAGUUAUAAUAGCAGAAAUACAUGUUAAUUGGGAUUGAAGCUAAUAAUCCAAAUAAAUGAGAGACAGCACACAAAAACUGAAGGGAACACAAGUUGCAGACGAGCAGUAAAAGAAAGGGGCAAUCUUGUGAUGACUUGUGUGCAGUUUUAUCUUUGCCUCUAAAUGGAAAACAGAACAGUGGAAGUCUUCUGGGAGAUAUACUUCUUCUCUUUUGAGAACCAGGUAUCCAGAAAUAUUGACAAUGAAUGGAACUGGAGCAUUAACUCUUUUAAAUCCCAGUGCACCGAACAAUGUUGUGAUGUGGAAUACCAGCAACAAAAAAUCAUAAAACCACAAUACUGAGCUAAGACGUGGCACAGGUACACCACCACCCAUCUUGGGGUAGUUCCAGAUAGCACCAGAUAGUGGAUAGUGUGUCACUGGAAGAGCUGGGGAAGUGGCUGGGGAAGUGGCUCUGUAGGGAGCUUCUUGCAAGGCUCAUGCCAGCUCUCUGUGAAGUUAAGGAUUAUAUAGGUAUGUGUAUGCAAUGAUAUAGUUUGAUUGCUUUUUAUCUGGUUCUGGAUGGGUAAAAAGUCACCCAGUAUUUACACCCACACUUGUCAGCUACUCAACACCCAGCUUUGUCUGAAAUCGCAGUCAGUCUUAAUACUCAGGGAUUUUCCCCUUAGUUAGGCUGUUUUCCCUCUGAGAAAACCAAGGAAAGAAGAUUGCCUCUACUACCAAAGGGGUUUUCAUCCCAGAAAUUUGGUGGUUCUCCAUGCUUGUGACUUGUUUCCACCACCAGUAUAUGUGAUUUAUAAUGAGCAAAUAGUCCUAUGUUAGCACAUGGUGUCCCAUGUCCCUUCUCAACAGCAGUCCUGUGACACUAGGCCAUGCUCCCCAUGCUGACUUCUCCCUGAGCUUGGUGUCAUCAUGGGGCUUGAUAUGCUGGGUAUCAGCUCUUAAUUUGCUGAGCUGCUUUGCAGCAGCUCAUAUCAGUGCCGUGGGCAUCACAACAGCUUGCCUGGUCCUUGACCUCAGGGCCCCUUUUCAUCCCCCUCCUCCUGGGAGUGUAGUGGUGGCUUUCCCCUAGGCAGACAUACUUUGUGGGUUCCCUCCUGGCACAUGGGGUUUGGUUGCCUGAUGUGUUGGGCCAGCAGAGGGCCAGUUAGCCCCAGCAUGAGCAGUGUGGAUGCCAUGCCCCUUGGCGUCCAGCCCCAAGCCCCAUGGCUGCUGCACACUCCAGGCUGCAGCCAUCACCUCUGUCAUUCUGGAGACUGUGGGAGACCAGGGUGGGCUGCAGGGGGUGGGGCUGGGAUGCUCUAUGUAGAUAUAUGGCCUGGGGAAGUCCUGAAAGGGCAGGACUGCAUGUGGCACAGGGAAGUCAUGGCUUCCAAGGGGCUGACAAAAUUUCUCUGCUUCUCCAGGGUGAGCAGCACUGGGAAGACCUUGCUGACUUCUCUAGCAGACAGCCACAGCCUGAAGGUUGGCAUUAUUGGUGGAGGCCGUCUUGGGAAUCACCUGGCCCGAGCACUGGUGGCAGUGGGUCGGGCUCCUUGCUCCAGUGUCCGCAUUUCUACCCGGCGCCCUGAGAGCCUGUCAGACUUGCAGAAACUAGGGCUCACCUGCUUCUACGACAAUGCGCAGCUGGCAGCCUGGGCAGACGUCCUGUUCCUCUGCUGCCUGCCAUCGCACAUGCUGUCCAUCUGCUCUGCAGUUCAGCCAGCCAUCCAGAAGCCCUGCAUUGUGUACAGCCUCGUCACUGCCGUUCCUCUGCCCAGGUUGAAGCAACUCCUUUGCUACAAUGCCAUCGUGAGGCCACAGUACCAGUGCCCUGGCAAGGAGCCUACAAAGGAGUGGGGGACAAAGGGGUCGGUCACAGAAGCACUGCAAGACCUUGCUGUUGUGCAGGCAACAUGCCCCCUCAGCUCCCAAGCGAAAAUAAAAGUCAAUGGCAAAUGGCUGGUGGGCAUUUUCUAUGCAGCCCUGAACAGCAGCAUGUGGCAGAGCCUGCCUCACCAGGAGGCACUGGCAUUGCUCAAUGACCUCUGUUUCCCUGGACACUGCCAUAUCUGCGCAGAGCAGAAAGCUUCCUGCCCACAGUUUACAUGCGAGAGUUUUGUCAGCAAAAGUUUUGCCUCUUCAAUGACUCAAGAGGAAACCUUCCCAUGGUUUGACCUGACAACUGCACAACUGAGAGAGUCUCCUUUUAGCCAGCUGCUAGAAAAGAGUGAGUCUGUCCAGAACCACCUUGCUCUGCUGUAUCAGUCAUCUUUUGGAGACUGGCCCACAAAGCAGUGUGUGCUGACCAGCGCCAAGACUUCUCCUACAUUAGCCAUACCAGAACCUGACAUGGUGUUGAUUCAAGACUCCUCACUGUCCACAACUUCUUCGAAAGUUUUUUCAGGAAUUCCAGAGGAAACUACUGACUAUGUUUCUACAUCCUCAUAAACUGAAAUGAACUCUAUGAUAUGCUGAGAUCUCGUCCCAAAGGGAUGAAUACCCAGAGAUGUUGACAACUCUUUUCCAUCCAUUUCCAUUGCUGAUCUCAGUAGCGUCUAGUGGAAGAACACACUGUAAGGACUUUGUAUUGCAAAAAUAAUGCCAAAAAGCAAAUAAACCUUUACUUAUCAA